UCAACCAUGAAUGAAGAUGAAUUCAGAAGAAAAAACCUGAGUAAAUUGUACAAUAUGAACGACAAAGUCAUGGGCCUCAUGUUUAUGAUGAUAUUCACUGCCCCACUUUUGUUAGUUGCAUUUGUAACCAUGGGAACGAAGCAUGAUUUGGCAUUGACUAUACCUCUGCUGAUUGGUGGUUUGGUGGUUCUUAUUGCGAUAUCAGUAUGUGUUGCUAAAUUCUGCCUAAGGCCGCGGAUGUUGAACGAAUUGGAUAAAACAAAUCGAGGAAGUGGUGAUGCAGGCGUUAACGUGGAAACACCGGAAAUUACAGGAGUGUGUGUACAACCAGAGAAAGAAAAGUUGUUAAAACAACUGAAUGAUGACCACUCAACUGAUAUCACAGAGACCUUAAAUCAUUCACCAAACCGUAUAAGUGAGGUUUUGAUUACGGUUGAGAACCUGAACAAUGAUGUACUGGAAGAUUUAGAUGUAACUAUGGAAACUGAGUAUGGAAGCAGCAACAAAACUGACCUAAUACGGUCUAAGUUUCAUCAUGACGUGCAACAAAGUGUUGAUAUCCAAUGUACUGGCAUUCCAAAUGAACAAGAUAUAUCGGUAAUCAAAGUAAAAUAAUGUAUUCUUCUUUAAUCAAUGGUAGCAUUAUUGUAUUUGUCCGAUACACCACCCAUCCAAAACCACGCCCAUGUAUCUUUCAGCAGGUUGGUUAUUUUUGAUUUAAAAAAAAAUGAUGUCAGUUAUUUAAUGAGUCUCAUUCAUUUACUUCAGAUCAAAGUUUCAGAAAUCUGCUGUAAGUAUCGGUUUUCUAAUUUACGAGUCAUUUUAGACUAUUUAAGAAUAUGAUGGUGAAAUUUUGACUUGUGUGAAUGGGUAAACUCCAUUUGACAAUGAUACGGCAGCACUUAUAUAUCACUUCCAUAUUGUGGUCUGUUUGCUAUCCGAAGCUAUUCAAAAUUUGUUUGGCUGGCACCAUGCACCCAGCAUUGUGAUUAGUUAUCAAACUCAAAAAUACGACCCAACCUUCAAAACUUUA